CGGAAUAGCCAAGAAUAAUUCGAUAUUGCUCCUUGACCCAAUGAUUAAUUUACCUAUUUUCUCGGUACAGCCAAAAACCUGUUCUUUAAAAGAACUGAAUCCGUGCAUCGUUCAUUUGAGGAAAAGAACAGUUUCGGUGCAUUGAAAAGAACAGGUAUCAGAAACAGGUUGUGAUUGUUCCGACUUGCGUAGAAUCUGCGCGGUUCUUUUCGUAACAACAACAAAUAAUUAUUACUUUAGGUUUAUCUGGCAUUAUAAUGUUGCCCCAUAAAUCAGAAGAUAUAAUUAAAUUAAAGAAAUGGUUUGACGAAGGCUCAUGGAUAUCAUGCGAGGUAGUUCAAAGUGGAUUUGAAAUGUAUAAAACAUCCAGAAGAAACCAGGAUAAGAAAAAUGAAUCAGAUUCCAAAAUAUCAACAACUUUUGAGUGGUUAGAUGGAAAUGGGAACAAUUCUUUAGUUCUUCCUUACGGAGAAAAUGAAACAUUCAGUUCUGAAAAUGAAAUUACGGUUGUUGAUUCUGAAAUCACCAAAGAUAGUAUUCUUUUGCCAAAUGAAUUCAAAGAGGAAAAUAAGGACCUAGUGACAGAUUUGGUAGAUGAAGACAAUGGCAAACUUUUACCAUUAUUUAUUAGUCAUAUAUUGCGUUGCAAAGAAUAUAAAAAGUGCUUUAAGCUUGGUAAUAUUUUCUUCAAAUCUGUCCAUAUUUUUGGUACUGUUGUUAGUUCUCAGGUAACAAAUAAAAACAAAAUAUUAGUUAUAGAUGAUGGAACGGCUCAGAUAAUGUGUUAUAUUGAAGAUUUCAUAAAUGAUUCUGUGGCAGAAGGAGCUGAUGAUGAACUUAAUGUUGAUAGCUCAUUUUAUGAAGUUUUUAAAUAUGUUAGAGAGCAAUCAAUAGAGAGUACAUAUACUUUACCUACUUUUGAUAAAAUUAACUUGGGUGAUAAAGUUUUAAUUACAGGUGAUGUAUCCUUGCAUAAGGGUAAUUAUUAUAUAUUUGUUGAAAAUAUUGUUAGACCUAAGGGCAAUAGUUGCCAUAUUGAUUUCAUGAAAGAUAUUUUCAAUAAUUAUGAAACUGGAUAUUAUGAUUUUUGAAUUAGUAUUCAUUGUUUUGUUGUAUCUACUUAUACAGAACUUAAUAUCAAAGAAAAUGUUUUAUUUUUAA